AUGCCAACUUUGUUCCAUAGAUACAAUGAGUUAUUGAAAAGACGUCCUUGGAUAAUGAACUCCCUCGGGUGUGGAUUAUUUUUCACCAUGGGUGAUUAUGUUGCCCAGUCAUUAUUUCCGAAAGAACCAGAUCAACCUUUGGAUUAUCAUAGAAUCAUGAGAGCAGGUAUUUAUGGAUCCUGUUUCUUUGCUCCGAUUAGUGUUCUAUGGCAUGGUAAAACAUUACCAAAGAUCAAAAACCCAUUUAUUAAUAUCUUCCGUAGACAAAAAAUGGAAGAAAUCCCUGCUAUGAAAAAGAAACUACAUUUAUAUGAUAGUGUUUUCCGAAUGGGUAUUGAUCAGUUGAUAUUUCCUGGUUUAGUUUGGAUUCCAUUGUACAAUACAGUCAUGGUUAUAUUGGCAGGUAGAGAAGAUCCAUUCCAAGUUAUCAAAGAUAAGUUGUAUAAUAACUGGUGGAGAGUUUUAAGUGCAAACUGGACAGUCUGGCCUGGGUUCCAAUUAUUUAAUUUAUACUUCAUUCCAGUGCAUUUAAGAAUUGUAGCUCUGAAUAUUUGGGCCACUGGUUGGAAUACAUUCUUAAGUUUUGUUCAUAAUACUAAAGGACAUGGUCAUGGAAGUGGACAUAGAUUAGAGGAAAUUGUGGAUAUCGAUGAUGAAGAUCAAGAGUUUUAUAUGUUCUAUGAUUAG